GGGGGGGAAAAAAUAAGAAGUGCGCGUGCCCGCCCACCAGUCCGUCCGUCCGCCCGUCCGUCCGUGCGCGCGCUCACGCGCAGCAAAGCACAGCCAACGCAGCCAGUGAGCUCGCGCUGCACAGACUGUGUAGGGAGGCACAAUCCGCGCGCAGCCAACGCGAGGCACAGAAGUGACGAGCCCACGAGCCGUGAACCAUGAGUGGACACAUCCACGAGCAUGAGCGAUGACUGACCACGCAGCAGUACGGAACAAAUGACAGAAGAUUACACAUGAUGCCAGCAGCAGGAGAUCAAUCUAAUCUGAUUAUGUUUAAGUAAUGAAAGAUGCUGUGGAUGGGCUUUUCCUCCAGUGGAUUCCUUGAGUUACUCCAAGACGAUUAACAGCAAAGAUUUUUACUGAAGGGAUCUCUUGGUAGAAGUCAGAGAGCAGGAGCCAGCAUGUGGCCCCCUGACCUUGGGCCCCCAGAUGUCCAGCUGACUCUACCUGGUUUUGGGAGUGCCUUUGAAGAUGCUGAGGACCUCCAGCCACCACUGUCAUCUGCAGGAUUCUGUCCGUCUUCAAUCCAUUCAGGUGGUCUGUGCUGUCUCCCAAUGACGUCCCUGUCACUGUCCUCCCUGGGUAGAGACCUCACGUCCUUACUGAGCUGUAAGACUAAUGGAUCCCACACAGAGAAAUCUGUGGAGGACUUUGCCACCACAGCUCACAUAGACCCUAAAGACACCCAGAGGUUCAGCUGCUACCCUCAGUCCUCCCUCCCUUUAUCGUACAUGCUCACUGGAUGUGCCACAUCUCCCACUUACUGCUCCCCUUCAUCCUCUGUUUCCUCUGCCUCCUCAUCCUCCUCCUUAUUUUUCCCCUCUUCCUUGCCUUCCUCCGACGCCAACAACAAAACAUCUCAACAACAACUGACGGUACAAGACGAGUACCACACCAUUAAACAAGAACCUGUAGAUAAUUUCUUGCCAUGUAAGACGGAACCGUUUCACAUGAACAGCCAGCAGGGGGAGCUGUUUCAGGUUGACCAGCCCCUCGAAUGCCACGACGGUCAGAAUGGCACCCAGACACCUCUGCACUCUCCGGGGCUUAAUGGACCCGUAGGACAGGAAGCCAGAGCGGACCAACAGAAGCAGCUGUGUCACUGGAUCGACUGCAAUGUCACUCACUGCAGCCAGGAGGAGCUGGUGAGGCACAUCGAGAAGGUUCACAUCGACCAGCGCAAAGGGGAGGAGUUUGCAUGUUUCUGGGCGGGCUGUGUGAGGCGCCACAAACCCUUCAACGCUCGCUACAAGCUGCUCAUCCACAUGAGGGUUCAUUCCGGAGAAAAGCCCAAUAAAUGCAUGUUCGAAGGCUGCUCUAAGGCAUUCUCCCGUUUGGAAAACCUGAAAAUCCACCUGAGGAGCCACACGGGAGAGAAGCCGUACAUCUGUCAGCAUCCUGGCUGCCUCAAGGCCUUCAGCAACUCCAGUGACCGCGCCAAACACCAGCGCACACACCUGGACACGAAGCCGUACGCCUGUCAGAUCCCGGGCUGCACCAAGCGUUACACCGACCCCAGCUCGCUGCGGAAACACGUCAAAGCUCACUCUGCCAAAGGCCUUCAGGAGAGAGAGGUCAAGGUUCAAGUGCACACAAUGCUAGAAUCGGACAUUUUGAGUGACUGUCUGGCGAGGCAGCAUCUCCACAACUCUGCCUCUUCCCACCGUGGAAGCAGCUCGACUUUGCCAGGAUUAGACGAGUUCACAGGAGUUUACUCAAACAGCAGCACAGUCCACAACAGGGCCAACCCAGAGUUCCUUCCUCCAUCCACGGACACCUGCUCCAGGUAUCAAGGCCUCGAGGGAAACUUUGACGCUAACAGCCCGAUAUCUUCGUUAACAAGCCCAGGGAGCUUGAGAGAGGGGAACAGGCCGUCGUCGUCGUUCAUGGCCGCUGACGUCAGCCCAGUGAGCUCUUCAUCAGAGAGAGUAGACGUCCGGCUGCAUGGUUACCACAAAACCUACAGCCACCAACAGCAAGUGAUGUCACAGCAACAAGGUUGUCUGUACGAAGAAGGGAAGGUGGUGCAACCAAUCAAUGAUGGAGGCUUUGAACCUGGCAGUUACUUUACUAACUUGUCCACCUCUCACUCUACAGGGUUCGACAUGUUGCAGGACCUGCAGGGCCAGGCGGGCGGCGGUUACUCCAUGUCUCCCUGCCCUGACGAUAGCUUUCUCUUCCAGGGAGGAGGCAUCGACCGCUGCCUCAAUCAGAUCUACUCCAUCUACCUGGACUCGUGAUCACAGCACACAACCAGAUGCAAAAAUCCCAAAUAUUUUUGUUUUCCCAGAAUCGUAUUUGCUUUCCAGUUUUCCCAGAAUGUUUUUGUUUUUCCAGGCACAUUUUAUGAGUGCAGCAAGUGUGACGGACAAUCACAUCUACAACGUGCUGUGAACUCCAAGCUGACGAUGUCAGCAUAGUUCUUGUUUAUAACGGGAAUUUUAAUGGCACAAACAAAAAAAAAGGACAAAAACAUAAGCUGCUGGGGGCAAAGUGGAAACCAUAAAUGGCCAAAGAUGAAAUCUGGUCAAAUUAUAGAUGUAAAUAACUGGCUUCAGAGAUGACCACAGCAUUUGUGAUCUGGGUAGAACGAGCUGCAUGACUCAUGUACUACUUUUUGGUGUUUUCUUAAAAAAAGAAGGUUCUCAUUGAUAUUAAACUCAGUAGUUGAGGUUAAUUUUGCCUCAUUGUCAGCUGGGAUCUUAUAAUACAAUAGCUCCCUAUAAUAAUCUGGGCUCAACACACGUGUGUGAAGGUUAAGUAGAGGAUAAAAACCAACUUUGACGUCUUUCUGCUUCACACAUCCUUCUAAUCUUUCUGAAUUUUAGUCACAUUUGUUCAUAUAAAACAUACAAAAUUUGAAACCAAGAGGAUAAUACGUUGUGCAUAAGCUGCUAACAACUAUGUGAAAGUGGUUUGCAAGAAGCCCCUUAAAUUAUCACAUGUAUAAUGUACGUCAACAAUUUUUCACUCUUUGUGCAGAGUUAGACAAGAUGAUUGACCCCACUCUCAAAUAUCUGUAUAAUUAAAUAUGAAGCUUAAGACUUAAGGGAAACUCUAAAAUGUGACUUUGUCCAUAGGUAAGCAUAUUACCAUUAACUAUAAAACUCAGUAACUGGUGGAUUAUUUCUUUGUUUUAAAUAUUUCCCCCCAAAUGGUGAUCUUUACUGCUACUUUUAUUGCGGUCAGAAAACGUGUGAGUUCCUCCGCAGCAUUGAAGAGUGAAUCAGCAAACUCCAACUGCUGUCGGUCAUGUAGUAGAAGGUGGAAACUGUAGCAGUGCUGCCCCCAUGUGUCUACAUGAAUGUACAUACUGCAUAUAGCAUAUACAGGACUCGCACAGCCUGUUUAAAAGAGCGAGUCGGUGGAUGAACUGCACUAAAAUGUACAGAGAGGUGCAGACAAACACACGUUAUGAUCUGUGAUGUAACAACAAUCAGCACGGAAGCAUAAUCAGUCUCCAUGUCGGUUUUACAUAUGUUAUAUUGUCUCUAUGUUGCUUCUGCACAUCUUUGCUGUACAGCGUCUGUCAGUGUUAACACUUGUCGAGAGAGGUGUGCGUUGUUUACCACGAGUAAACAGUCGUGCAUUGUUUACAGUAGAUCCUCUGCACACCCCCCCAUAACUCUUAAGAAAAAUGACCAAGCAGAAAAUGUUUACACUGAUUUUGUUGCAUGUUGGAGACGUCUUAUUAUUAUUGCCUUUGAACAGUGUAUAGACUUUAUAAAAAA